AUGCUGUCGCUGUGGAUAGGAGCUAUUAUCUUGCUUGGAUACUUUUUAGGCAGUGGAUUCUUGUCGGCCACAUCCAAGGUACCAGGUCCAUGGUAUACAAAAUUCACCAGCUUGUGGAUCAAGUAUCAGGAGUUUACAGCCAACAGACGGGAAUCGAUUCAUAAACUGCAUAGCAUUUAUGGACCCAUUGUCCGUCUAGGUCCCAAUGAGAUCUCGUUCACCAGUCUUGAUGCCAUCAAGGAGAUUUACGCCUCUGGAGGAAGUGGCUACGAGAAGACCGAGUUCUAUACUCUCUUCAGGCAAUUCAAAAUUAGAACCAUGUUCUCUACCUUGAAUAAGGAUGAGCAUAGCAAAAGGAAACGCAUUUUCGCGGACCGAUAUGCGAUGACCAAUAUCAUGAAAUCAGGGCCUCUAACUUCUAUUCAAGAGCGGGCAAUGGCAUUUGUAUCUCACUGCACUGAAGCUGGCAAGAAGAGUGUCGACGUCUAUGUACUACUCCAUUGCUAUGCCGUUGAUUGUGUCACCUCUUUCAUGUUCAGCCCUGGUGGACUUGAUUCUAUCAACAAUUCGAAAGAUUUCGAGAUCAUGGAAGAGCUCACCUAUCACCAAAGUCUUCAAAAAAGUCUACUCGCAUACUACCUCCCAACUUGGGAACCCUACUUCCCCAACUUCCUCCACCCUAGGAGCUCCCCCAAAGCAAAUCAAUAUGUGCUUGACAUGGUAGCCCAAUCCGAAAUCAAGAACUACACACUUCUCGAAAAGCUCAAGCGCAAGGAAUCAAACCUCGAAUCCAUGCAAGCAGCCGCAGAAUGCAAAGACCACAUGGCUGCCGGAAUCGACACAACAGGCGACGGACUCUGCUUUCUUCUGUGGGAAUUAUCUCAAUCGCAGAACCUACACUUCCAACAGAAACUACGAGACGAACUGCUCUCGGCGGCUUCCGAUGCCCCGCUCGAUAGCCUUAUCUACCUUGAUGCCGUCAUUAAAGAGGCGCUGCGCUGUUCCCCACCUAUUCCCAUGUCUUUACCACGGUAUGUACCCGAAGGCGGGCGGACGAUUGAUGGGUAUUUCAUUCCUGCCCAUGCGAUUGUGAGUGUACAGCCGUAUACGGUGCAUCGUGCACACGAGGACGUGUUCCCCGAGCCGGAUCGGUUUUUGCCUGAUCGGUGGUUGGGAGAGGAGGGUGCUGUGGAGCGAAAUAGGUAUUUCUUUGCUUUUGCGACUGGUGGACGAGGAUGUAUUGGGAAAAAUCUUGCGCUGGUGGAGAUGAAAAUUUUGCUUCGGGAGGUUUAUUCUCGGUUCCAGACUACGGUUGCCUCAGAUAUGGAGGGAUCUAUGAAGCUGGAUGAUCAGAUUAUUUCUGCGAGGCCUAAGAGUCAGACGUGUAAAUUGGUUUUUACACCUGUGUAG